CUGAUGUUGGCUAUGCGAUAAUGGACCCUCCCGGCGCCCUCAAAACGCCUGGAGUUGCCCUGAGAGUUAUGUGAGCUUUCGUGAGCUUUCGUGAUCUUUUGUUUGAACUAUUUACGACCUUUCUUUUAAAAGGUGUCAAUUUCUAAAGAUUCACCUUUUGCAUUUUGAUUUCAAACAGUCGACUCUGAAGAACCAGCAAUGGCUCCAAAGAUCUUGCAAGACACAGCUCACGGGGCUGCUGGGCAUCCAGCAUCCAAUACUCCUGGCGGGUAUGGCCAGGACUUCAUCUGGUGAGCUGGCAGCCGCAGUAUCCAACGCUGGUGGACUAGGCGUCAUCGGCGGCCUAGGGUACACUCCUAAGCAACUGCAAGAGAUCAUUGAUGAUCUCAAAUCCAAUCUGAGAGACCCUUCAUUGCCGUUCGGUGUUGACCUUGCUCUCCUGAAACUGGGGGGAGGGGCCCGGAAGACAAAUUACGAUUACACGUCUGGACAGCUUGAUGCUUUAGUAGAUAUCACGAUCAACAGCGGUGCAAAAUUGUUUGUGUCCGCUGUUGGCGUGCAUGUCAUCAAGAAACUGCACGAUGCUGGCAUUCUAAUUAUGAAUAUGAUUGGUGCGCCGAAAUACGCGCAAAAGGCUCUGGAAGCUGGGGUGGAUAUGGUUUGCGCACAGGGUGGCGAAGGAGGCGGCCAUACAGGGUCGAUUGCGACUUCUAUCCUAGUACCUGCUGUGUGUGAUGUUGCGAAGAAUUACAUCUCACCCUUAACCGGCAAACCAGCGAUGGUUGUUGCGGCUGGUGGGAUUUUCAAUGAACGAUCCUUGGCUGCUGCUUUAAUGCAAGGGGCACAGGGCGUUUGGGUCGGGACUCGAUUCGUGGCCUCCAUUGAAGCUGGCUGCUCUAAGACUCAUAAGGAUGAAGUUGUCACCGCUACUUUUGAUGAUACUGUUCGGACUCUUGAUGUUCAGUGGUAGGCCCAUGAGGGUCAAAGCAAAUGACUAUAUCAAGAGAUGGGAACAGCAGCCUGAGAAAAUAUUGGCUUUGAUGAAGCAGGGCAUCAUUCCGUAUUCGAAGGAUAUCGAGGAUGAAGUUGAAGAUGCUGAUCAUCCAUUUUUUGAUGGGCCAGGUGGCUGCUGUUAUUGACAAAAUUCAGCCGGCGGCGGAGAUUGUGGACGAAGAUGGUUUCUGGGGCGUAUGAGAGUGUACGUAAGGUAUCUCUGGUAACUUUUAGGGCUUGCUUGUACGCCG